UAUCUAUAGCCUGUCUAAGCACAACUGUUGAAAAUGGCAAGAAAAAAUGUAAAAUUUCUAUUUGGACUUAUAGUUUUGUUUUUUAUUCAAUGUCAAGUGCUUCAUUCAGAUGCUAAGACUCUAAACCAACCCUAUAAAUUUCUUCUUAACAUUUUAAAGAAUAAGUUUAAUGAAGUAUUGCAAGCUGUAAAAAAUAGCGAUCAUCAGUGCGCUAGAGAUCUUAAACGACUUUUUAACGAUUUUAUACAUAUGGAAAGAUGGGCAUUGGAAAUGGUAGAUGCUUCAGCAAAAAUACCAAGUGGUAUAUUAGCAGGAAAUGUUCACUUCACAGGAAGUUUUGAUCAGUGCCUAAAUAUAAAUUUUGUUAAAAACGAGACUAACAUACACGGACAGUACUGUACAGUAGUAAUUACACCUAGCAUUAGAACUACCUUAGAUGAAGAUUACUUUUCAAUGGGAAAAAUUAAAAACUUUUUAGGCAUAAAAACAUCUGAAAAUACGGAGGAGUUUCUAAAAUUUAUAAAAAUGACUUAUGGAAUAUGCAUUCCUCGUACAUGUUCCAUUAACAAUCUUCAAUCUAUAUGGAACUAUAUUGAGAACACUUUCUAUACACCGAUUCGAGUAAAUUUUUAUGAUACGAUGUGUACCACUAAGUUUAAAAAAGUUUAUCCCCUUUUCACAGAUUUUUAUGUUGGGCUUGCUUUUUUGGCAUAUUUCGGUGUAAUAUUAUUGAGCACUUGGUAUGAUAUAUGCAUUCAUCAACCUACACAAGGUGACGAGGACAAUCUUUUGGUCUCAUUUUCAUUAAACUCGAAUAUUAAAAAAAUUUGGAGAGUUAGAGAUGUUAAAAAAGAAGAUGCUUAUUUGGAAUCUAUAUGUGGAAUAAAAGUAAUUACUAUGUUAUGGGUUUGUCUGGGACAUAGAGUAUUCCUAAACUUCGUUUCUGGAGUUUCAAAUUUAUUGCAAAUGCACUCAGAAUGGAAGCACGAAUUAUUCACUGCUUUUAUUGUUAGUGGGUCGUUCGCAGUAGAUACAUUUUUAAUGUUGAGUGGUCUACUGAUAUCUUUUGGUAUAAUGAGUGUGUACUAUAUCUACGAUUAUAAAAAAUUUCCAAUCAUACCGUUUUACAUAUACCGGCUUCUCAGAUUAUGGCCAGGUUUAAUAGCCUUAAUAUUAUUCUAUGUUAGCUUCUAUAAAAAUAUUUCAGAAGGUCCUUUAUGGCCGCUAAUGGCUGGAAACAUGGUCAGAUCCUGUAAUAGGGCAUGGUUUCCCACACUAUUUUUUUUCAACAAUUAUAUUCCUUUUGGUUUUCAAUGUGUAGACCAAGCAUGGUAUUUGGCUGUUGACUCACAACUAUUCUUCCUUUCUCCAAUUAUUAUAAUAGGAUUACUAAGAAAUCCGUUUAAGACUUGUUUAACGUGUAUUGGAGUUUGUAUUUUAUCAGGAAUAUACACUUUUUGUAUAACAUUGAAUUAUCAUCUUGGAUCCAGUUUCUUUGAGUUUAAUCUACAUUUUCAACAACAUAUUUAUAUGUCUACUAUCGUACGGUUACCAGCAUGGUUUAUAGGAAUUAUAUUUGGAUAUAUAAUUUUUGAAUAUAGGAAUACUAAAAUACCCAAGGCUGCAAGACUUUUCGCUUGGACCCUAGUGUUCACAAUAAUCUCUGGAGUAAUUUUGGUUCAUCUUGUCUUCAUGAGAUCUGAUGAGUAUAAUGCUUUAAAUUCAGCAGUGUUUAACGCAUGUGUCCGACAGUUAUGGGCCCUUGCCAUAGCUUUGACAGUACUUCUGUGUAGAACUGAUAGAGAAGGAUUAAUAAACAAUUUUUUAUCAUUGCCAAUCUUUCAAAGAUUAGUUCGCAUAUCCUAUAGCGUAUUUCUAACACAUUUGGCAGUAAUAUGCUACUUUAUUGGAAGUAAAAAACAGUCAACCUACUUUAGAAAUAUCAGCAAUGUUCAUGAUUUUGCUGGUGAUUUAUGUUUUGUUUUAAUUGUUGCCUCAAUAUGGUGUAUACUAUUUGAAUCACCAUUUAUUGCGAUUGCUAAAUUUUUCUAUAAACAAGAAAUCUUCUCAAAGGUCGUCAAGGCCGUUACAGAAAAUGGAAAAUUGAAAACGAAAAUUAACAUAAAAAAAUUGUUGUUAUGUGUUUAUGAGGUUGAUAAUCAAAAACUGGAUUAAUAAAAUCUUACAUCAA